AUGCAAGGAGCUGCGCAAUCUCUGAGAGCCAGGAAGGCUGCUGAAAAGAAGGCGGCUAAGGAAAAAGCCGUUUUGGAGGCAAAUUUCAGACCUCCUACUCCUCCCGAGGCCGGUCUUGAAGUCGUCGGCGUCGAGGCGACCAAUGAAGCUCGGGAUAUGGUUUCGAUCAUGCCCGAGGCGGCUGGGCGAGUCUCUCCUCCGACCGGUAUCCCCGAGGUGGCCGGGACCUCGGCUAUUGUCGCUCUGGGUGCCGAGGUGAAAACUAAGGCGAAGGUUAAGAGGCCCCGAGGUGAUAGCUCGGGAAGUCGUAGGAAAGAGAAGAGGAGUCGCAACGAGGCUCCCAUCUACAAGGAUAAGAUGGCAUCUGCUAAUCUUAUCGCUUCUUGCUCGGGUCCGACCCUAGCUGCGCCCGAAGCUUUGCUGGAGGCUGAAAAUUACCGCGAGACUGCUGCGGGAUUUCUGAAGGCUUUCCAUUCGAUGAACCGCAUGGUUCGAGCCUACGACUCCUCGAACCGUAGAUACGAGACUUCCCGAGCCGAGGCGGAGGUAAGAAUUGCUGGGGCCGAUGCCAAGAUGGUCGAGGCAGAGGCCAAGAUUGCCGAGGCGGCGACUAAGGUUGCCGAGGCGGAUGAAGCCAGGCGGGAAGCCGAAGCGUUGGCUAAGGCAGAGAAAGUCGAACGAUUAAAGGUGGCUGAGGACGGUCUUCGUCUCCGUCGGAAGAUGGAAGCCGAAAUCGAACGCGUGAAACGACUAUUCACCGAGGGAGAAUCGCUUCGGGAGAAGGAGGCCAGAGCUAACGCUGAAUUGAUCGCCGACCUUGAAGGCGGCAAAAAUGUCGAGGAUGAAAAGGAGGAAGUUCUCCAGUGGAAAGCUGAGUAUGGAGAUGCUGAGGAGGAGUUUGUGCGGAUCGGAACCGAGCUGCGAGAGGACCUGAGGCUUCCUCCGGCUUCUCCGGAUUCUGUUGAAGAUAAUUUCGGAAACAGGUCAAUCGAGGGGGUUGCCGCGGGAAUUGGUAUUACGGACCAGGCCGGCACGAAUCUGAGUUCCGAAGUCGCACAUGUUCCGGAGGGGCGGGAUGAGUAG